AUGCCUCCUAAGCGCAAGGCUCGUGGUGGUCUUGUUGGCGAAGGCAACAGACCCUCCCCCCAUCGACCUGGAGACAUGACCUUAGGUCAACGCGAUCGAGAUUUUUCCGAGGGCGGUGGAAGAGGUGGCCGCGGUGGUAGGAAUAACAGAAGGAAUGAUCGACGAGACUCCGCUCAAGGACAACUGGCACAAGCACAGUCCGGAAGCCAGUCUGCGAGCGCCUCCCGCGUCACAUCUCCGACCGUCUCCCGCCCGCCCCCUACCCCGUCGCAGCCGCAACAUCCCGCUCCGACCCCGAUGGAGCAAGUGUCUGCCCCGAUCUCCCAUCCGCCGUCUCCGGUGCCCACAAGCUACUGCUACGAACACAUCACCGAUGAUGCGAUCGCUUCAUGGUCAAGCGGUGGCAGACAGGCUUUGAUCGACCACGGAAUCAGUUCGAGGUUGGAUGUGGACACUGAGGAACUGACCACUAUCUACCAAGAGUUUAUUCAUGCUGUUGUCGAGGGCCGGCUCUCGCCGGUCGAUGCUGGCGCUUGUAUGAAGGAGAUACUCGGCACCGAAUCGCAAGAAAUGAUUAAGGAUUCUUUCUCGUUCGAGCCGCACACCCUCUUUCUCGACACCUUGUCCAUCAUCUUCGACAACGACCGGAAUCUAUUCAAACCCCACCUUCGCGAUUUUAUUCAAAUGACUGGCGUUUCGCCCGAACUUGUUCGCCAAACCCUCGAUGCUCAGCUGCUUCAAGACCUCGGUCUCAUCAGAGAAACCUUUGUAAAGCUUGGAAUUAGACAUGCGACCAACCUCUUGUACCGACAAGCCAACUACAAUCUGCUGCGCGAAGAAAGCGAAGGCUACUCUAAGCUGAUGACCGAGCUCUUCACCACAAGCAGCGCAGAGCCACCUACGGCAGAAACGGCUCAUGCAGCCUUUGAACGCCUCAAGGGACUGAUUGGUACUUUCGACCUCGACGUCGGGAGAGUACUUGACGUUACGCUGGACGUCUUUGCUGCCGUGCUUAUAAAGCAGUUCCGGUUCUUUAUCAAGCUUCUCCGCGUCAGUUCUUGGUGGCCUCGCAACCAAAACCCUGCCACAAUCAGUCAUACUGGCGGCCUACCUCCUUGGGCCCUGCCCGAUCAUUCCCACUGGAUGACGAGCGACGAAGCCGAGUUGGCGAAUACUGAGCUCAGACGUCAGCGUGACGUUGAGUUUUGGGAUCGUGCACGCGAACUUCACAUCGAUGCCUUCUUCCAGCUUGGAGGAAGGCAAGUCACAGACGAUCAUCUUAGGCUGUUGGAGGCAUCCGAGUCUGCAUCUGAGGCCGAAGUCAAUGCCGCCUCCGCAUGGAUGAAAGUCACGAAGACACUUCCUCCACAGGGAAAUCGAACGGCCGCUCAGCUUCUUGGCUUCAAGUUGCGAUUCUACGCCUCUGAUGCCAGAGAUCCGGAGGAUGUCUUGCCGGCAAAUCUUCUCUACCUUGUCGCCCUCCUUGUCAAGGUCGGAUUCCUGUCCUUAGUGGAUAUCUAUCCCCAUCUGUGGCCCCUCGACGCAGAGAUGGACUCGUUGAGGGAAAAGAAGAUGAAAGAGCUGGAGGAAAAGGAAAGACAAAGUCGACCGGGCGCUGCACAAAAUGCUCUUCUCAUGGCUGGCGCGUUGCCUGACGACACGGCACCGCCCCCUACGACGCGCACCAGAGACGCAGCUGGAAAGACUGAUGCCGACUCUAAAGCCGAUACGGGCACGGACGAGAAGGACACGCUACCGGAACCUAUGGAGCAAAAGGCAGCAUUACUUACGUGUCUGCUAACGAUCGGCGCCAUCCCCGAGUCGCUCUUUAUCCUCGGUCGUUUCCCUUGGCUUCCGGAGGCCUACCCAGAAAUAUUAGAUCGAAUCCACCGCAUCCUAAACCACAGCAUCGAGAAGGUCUACAAAGAAAGCAAACCCACCGCGGUCGGCUCGGCCGAAUGCCCUUCGAAGCCCAUUGCCGAUGUCGACCAAACCGGCGUUGCGAAAGGCACCAUCAAACUAAGCACCACACCGGUCAAGAAGUCGAUGAAAUGGCCGUUCCCAGACGGUUUCGACGGCAAAGACCAGCACUACAGAUUCUAUUGGGACGAAUGGGCUGAUAACAUCCCAGUCUGUCAGACGGUCGAUGACAUCUUCACACUAUGCGAUACUUUCCUGAAUCUCUCUGGUGUCAAUAUUGGCAAGGACCCUGUAUUGCUCGCUAAGCUUGUCAGCAUCGGGGCCAAGAGUCUGGCGGAGGACCGCUCUAAAAAAAACAUUGACCGAUGGCAGGAGCUCUUGCGGCGCAUCCUGGUCCCCGCACUCAGUAUGACCACAGCCAAUGCGGCCGUUGUCAAUUCUGUAUGGGAUUUACUCAAGCUCUAUCCCGUCGCGACCCGAUAUUCAAUUUACGCCGAGUGGUUUGAGGGCCAAAUCUCCAGAUUGCCAGCAAUGAAGGCUGCAUUUACCCGGACCCGUGUCGAAACCAGAGGAGUAAUGAAGCGCAUUUCUCUCACUAACCUCAGCGAGAUGGCCAAGUCCUUGGCUAAGACCAGUUACUCCUCACCCGGCAUUGUCUUCAAGGAAGCACUGGGCCAAAUCGAGUCAUACGCCAACCUCAUUGAAGCGUUCGUCGAAUGUGCCAAGUACUUCACCGACUUGGCAUACGACGUCCUGGUUUGGUCCUUGAUGAGUUCUCUGGGCGGCAAACGAAGUCGCACACAAGAGUCCUCUAUCCUGCUGACCAGCAAGUGGCUUCAGGCGCUUUCCAAGUUUGCCGGAAAAGUCUUCAAGCGGUAUUCUAUUCUGGACCCGACUCCGAUUCUUAAAUAUGUCAACGACCAGCUCUUCCAGGGCAACUCGACUGACCUCAUCAUUCUCAAGGAGCUCGUGGCGUCCAUGGGUGGUGUGGUCCAGGUGCUUGAUUUUACCGACGACCAAAUUCUGGCCAUGUCAGGAGGGGAGGUACUGCGGCGGCAGACGCUUCUCAGUCUUCAAGACAAGCGGUUUGAGUCGACCCGCAGUGCCAAGCGCUUGAUGCAGUCGCUCGUUGACUCGAAUCUCGCAGGGCGCUUGCUCAUCAAUGUUGCGCAGUACCGACAGUCUGCCAUCUACAAACUUCCAGACGAUGAAGCACACAUCAAGUAUAUUGGAUCUGUCAUCGACGACAGCCACCAGAUCUUGGUCCAAUACCUCGAUCUUCUGCGGACCAAUUUGCAGCCCCACGAAUUCGACACUCUGGUGCCUGCCAUUACCCGUCUCAUGGACGAGUUUGGCCUGGACGCAAGUUUAGCAUUCCUCAUUGGCCGAGAAGGUGUCUCUCACAACAUGUUCACCAAGAAGCUCGAAUCAUUGCCAAGCAGUACCGACGCAGAUGGAGACGUUUCUAUGGCCCAGAAUGCCAUCGAGGCAAAAGACACGACCGAAGAGCCGACCGAGCCGGAGGACAAAACAAUGACGCCAGCCGAGGUUCGGGAAAAGGCGAAACAGGACUCUUUGCGCCAGAUCCAUGAGGCCCUCGAACCUAUCGUCGAAUCAAUCCGCUCCAUCACACCCGCAUCAUCAUGGACCAAGCUCAGUCCCGAGUUUUAUGUUCUGUUCUGGGCACUGCAAUUGGGUGACAUUGAAGUGCCUGCCGCAAGUUACAACAGUGCUCACAAGAGGCUUUCGAACAUGCAAAGAGACCUCAACAGAGACCGCUCAGACAUGACCCGCAGCGGCAUGAACAAGAAAGAGGCAAAAAAGGCCGAGCUUCUCAAGAUCAGCAAUGAGCUACCCAAGGAGGCCGACUCUCAGAUGAAGCGAGCGCGAGUCGUCCGAGAUUACAUGUCGGAGCAUAUGGCAACAUGGUUUCCAGGCUCAGCAACCAAGUUAAACGGCAUCUCGGACGCAAUUCUCGAGCAAUGCUUGCUUCCGCGACUUGUACUUUCGGCUAGCGAUGCAGAGUACUGCUAUGUACUUCUCAAGAAGCUUCACACGUUUGGCGCACCGAACUUCCGGUUGAAAGCGUUGUAUGAUAGACUCUUCAACGUCAACAGGCUUAGGGCGAUGAUUUUCACCUGCACCGUCCGCGAAGCCGAGCAUCUUGGCAGGUUUCUCAACUGCAUCCUGAAAGAUCUUGCCAGAUGGCAUCGCGACACAAACGUUUACGAGAGGGAAGCUGUGGGCAAGCGGAGCUUUUUCCUCGGUUUCGCCUCCGAAUUCGAUGACAACGGCAAGCCGACAUCUUAUUAUGAUCACGCGCAAUUCCGAGACAUUCUGUAUGGAUGGCACAACAAGCUCAACCUGGCGUUGAAAUCUUGCUUGGGUGGCAUGGAGUGGAUGCAUAUUCGCAACGCGAUGACGGUGCUCAAGGCUGUUCUCGACUUCUUCCCUGCCGUAACUUUCAUGGGCAACCAGUUCAUUGAGCAGCUCAAGACAAUCACUGAGCGUGAGGCGGCAUCGAAGAAUGCAUCCGCUGGAGAGGAAGGUCAUCGAGUAGAUCUUUCUGUCGCUGCUCAAGGUGCUCUAUCCGAGCUGCAAAGGAGAAAGGCGAAAUGGGUGUUGCCAGCCGGCUUCCGACCGAACAUGAACGGCCAAGCUCAAGGGAAAGCCAAGGAUGGCGAGUCUAGCGGUGCAGCUAACCUGCGCCCAACAGCGGCUGAAUUCAAGCCAGGAUCGGCCAAAAUCGCUGCAGAGCAGGAAGACGGAGAAGUCAAAGACAGCAAGGAUGCCGAGUCUCAGCCCGCGGCCUCGUCUGCGCCAGGCACACUUACGCAAAAAGACCCCAACCUGCCUCCAAAGCCAUCGGCCUCCCCCGUGGAGUCUGCCAAGCCUGUACUUGGACGCGUAGACUUCGGUUCCGCUGCAUCAAGCAAGCCAUCGACGCCCAAGCCAGCGGCUGCCACUCCGACACAGGGCAAUGCGAACCACCGGGAUGCAUCCAAGUCGACUCCUACGCCCACGGGUCCUGAUAGAAGCGCACAUAGUCUUCCAAAGCGACCAGACGUCCCCAUUCCAGGACAUUACGGACGGACUCACUUCACCCCAGACGCGUUGCCGGACCGCCGAGAUCAGAGAGAACCACGAGAACCCCGCGGUCCGAGAGACACAAGGGAAUCUCGGGAUUCUAGAGAUCAUCGGGACCCGCGAGACACAUCGAGAGAUCCUAGAUUCCCAGAGCCUUCUCGACCCGAACGUGGUCGUGAUUUCGCCAAUCAAGAUAAACGCGGGCCAGAUACUCAAUCCAGAGAACCCAGCCGCCUUUCAGAGAAAGAUUGGCCUUCCAGGCAGGACACGCUGCCUCUCCGCCGCGACCAAGGCGCCCACGAGCGUGACAACCGCCCCUCUCGCGACAGACCAGCACCGACAAACGGACGCACUGCUGAGUCUGGCAGGCUUUCGCGAGAACCCGUUGCCUCCACGCCGCCGCCAUCGUCCACUCAAAAUCCCCCCGAGGACCCGCCAGUAAACCCUGCCAGACUGGCCCUUAUUCAGGCAGAUCAGCCAGACCGACCUAGCCGCUCGGAGCGACCACCUCGAUCCUCAGAAACAGAUCGACGUAGUGGUAGAGUGCCACGUGGUCAAGAGCCACGUGGUUCCGAUCAAGAUCGCGCCGACAUCCUCAAUCCGGAGCGCGCUGCAUUGAUGGGAGACUCGCGGCCAGAUCCCCCAGCACGUCCGGCGCGAGAUGAUCCCAGGGACCGAGGCGUGCCUCGAACGCAUUCUCCAAGAAGAAGCGGACGAUUCAACCCAGACGUACCAGGUGAAGCUGGCAGAGACGACAGGCAUGGCCGUUCCCACCAUUCAAACCAUCAUCCCUCUGGAAGAGAUGUACACGGCGAACCUCUUGGUUCUCAUCCAAGACCAGACCGCACAACAGAUAGGGAAGGAGAUCGAUUUGGCUCAGACAAAGGCAGAGAAGCCUUCCUUGGUUCGAGUCGAACCGCAGAUCCCGACCACAGCAGGAACACCCAUCAGGAUCAGAAUUAUGGACGACUGAACCCUAUUCAGUCAGUCGUCACGAACGAUGUUCCUCUAGGACCUCGUGGUCGUGGCCGAGGAGCAGCCCGAGGCGGUCCCAUGGGAACGCCCACCUCAAAGUCUGACGCACGCUUCCCUCAGAACACUGACAACCCAACGCCCGAAGAGAGAUACCCGCCUACGGGGCCAGCGUCUGGUAGGGGGCGUCGGAACCAGUACGAGUCCAAUGCAUUCGUCAACCCGCCGUCUGCGAUGACCCCGACGCAGGCCACUCACCCUGAUCGAACCCGUACCAUGAAUUCGGGCCCGACGGGCUCGCCCACGCCAUCAUCUGGCGGUCCUACAUUGGCUCCCGGAAUUCAUCCUGACCGACUGGCACAGAUCGCACCGCCGCCGCCGCCGCCUCCGCCUUCAGGCCAGCCUCCCAGCCAUUCCCGACCAUCUCUACCACCCAUCAAUACACUUGACCGCUCAUCUGGAGGCCAAGGCAGCAACAGCCGAACACCAACAGGAAACUACCCGGGUCCGACAGACGGUGCGCCUUCUGGGCCGUCCUCCAAUGACCGAGGCCGGAGUGGCGGUAGUCGUAGGCAGCUUGCGGGUAUUAACAGCACGUUGCAACAAGCACAAGCCAACAUGCCGGAUAGCAACCGAGCCACCAGCUUGCGCGGGCGUGGAGUCGCCAGGGGUAGUAUCGCUGGCUCCGAUGCUCAAGUUCUGACAGGCGCAUCGCCGGUAUCUACACCGACACAUGAGCGUCCGGAUCCCAUCCGUCAAGAUAGAGUACAAAGCAACGGUGAUGAACAACCACGGGGCGAGCACGACCGUAGCCGACGUGAACAUCGGUCGGAACGUGGCCGACACUCGAGGCGGGGCAGUCGCGAGCGGGAGCGCAGUCCCGAUCGCGAGAGAGACGCCAAGGAACCGCGUGAACACAGGGACAGAAGGUCUGCAGCACAAGGCCAGUCCAGUACCCGCGAUGACCGCGAGCCCCGGCGAUCUGGCCGAGAACUAUCCAGCAGCACCAGGGACCCCCAUGUCAACGCUCCUCAUGGCGUUAGCCGAGAGAGCAUGGGUGGCAGCCGCGAGCCGCGUCAUCGCAGCGACCGCGGAGAAGGUGGACGUGGAGAAGGUGGUUCGGGCGGAAGAAGCGAAGAAUGGGGUGGAAGUGCGCGCGGCGCAUCUAGGACAGGACCGCGCGAAGGGGGAUCGAGGCCGACCGACGAUCGACGCGAGUCGCGCGAAGACCGAGGGCGAAAGCGGAGGAGCGAAGAUGCUGUCGGUCUCUCGAACGAUCGCGAGAAGAGGCAGAGACGUUAG